CGGCACGCGGAAGGGCGGCGCGCGGCGCCUCGGUCUGGGGGAGCGCGGGGCGGUCUCCGCCGGCGUCGCGCGCUGUGUGUGAGCGGGGUCGCGCGCGCGCGACAGGCGAGUGAGGGAACGAGGAGCGGCCGGGUGUGAGUGUGUGGGGGGGAGUGCGGGUGAGGGAGAGGCCGGCCGACCGCGAGGCUGCGAGAAAGUGGGCCAGCGUGCGAGGACGCCCGGCCUGGCCGCGGGAGCCGCGGUCGGCGGAGGAGAAAGGCGGCUCCCGGCAUCCCGACCCCCUCCCCCUCCUCUCCUCCGACUUCCAGCCGGCCCGGCGGCGCGCGCUUCUUCCGAGGCCCCUGCGGGACCCGCCGCCCGAGAGCGAGAGAGGAGCCGCCAGAGCCAGAUAGACUUUGCAUUUAAGAAGAAAUAAUCUACGCAAAAGAACAAGCAGAUCAAGAUGUGUAGCUCUGUGGCUGCCAAGUUGUGGUUUUUGACAGAUCGUCGCAUCACAGAAGACUAUCCCCAAAAAGAGAUCUUACGAGCAUUGAAGGCCAAGUGUUGUGAGGAGGAACUGGACUUUAGGGCUGUGGUGAUGGAUGAAGUGGUGCUGACAAUAGAGCAAGGAAACCUAGGUCUUCGAAUCAAUGGAGAACUAAUCACUGCCUAUCCCCAAGUGGUGGUAGUGAGAGUACCAACCCCUUGGGUGCAAAGUGAUAGUGACAUCACUGUUCUGCGACAUCUGGAGAAGAUGGGGUGCCGGUUGAUGAACCGACCUCAAGCUAUCUUGAACUGUGUUAAUAAGUUCUGGACAUUUCAAGAGUUGGCUGGCCAUGGCGUUCCUCUGCCAGAUACUUUCUCUUAUGGUGGCCAUGAAAAUUUUGCUAAAAUGAUUGAUGAAGCAGAAGUACUGGAAUUCCCAAUGGUAGUGAAGAAUACACGGGGUCAUAGAGGCAAAGCUGUUUUCUUAGCUCGAGAUAAGCACCAUUUGGCUGAUCUAAGCCAUCUUAUUCGACAUGAUGCUCCAUACCUAUUCCAGAAGUAUGUUAAAGAGUCUCAUGGACGAGAUGUACGUGUCAUUGUUGUGGGAGGUCGUGUGGUUGGCACCAUGUUACGUUGUUCAACAGAUGGGAGGAUGCAAAGCAACUGCUCACUAGGUGGUGUGGGGAUGAUGUGCUCAUUGAGUGAACAAGGGAAACAGCUAGCAAUCCAGGUGUCUAAUAUCCUGGGGAUGGAUGUGUGUGGCAUUGACCUGUUGAUGAAAGAUGACGGCUCCUUCUGUGUCUGCGAGGCCAAUGCAAAUGUAGGUUUCAUCGCCUUUGAUAAGGCUUGUAAUCUAGAUGUAGCUGGUAUCAUUGCGGACUAUGCCGCCUCCCUUCUGCCCUCUGGCCGGCUCACCCGGCGUAUGUCCCUGCUCUCCGUGGUGUCCACGGCCAGUGAGACUAGUGAGCCCGAGCUGGGUCCCCCAGCCAGCACUGCUGUCGACAACAUGAGCGCAAGUUCCAGCUCUGUCGACAGUGACCCUGAAAGCACGGAGCGAGAGAUGCUCACCAAGCUUCCGGGGGGCCUAUUCAACAUGAACCAGCUACUAGCCAAUGAAAUCAAACUCCUGGUGGAGUGAAUCCACCAAUAAUUAACCAACAAAACCCGUGUAAAACUUAACUUUCUUUCCUUAUUUUUAUUUUCUUCCUUUUUUUUUUUUUGAACACCAACUUGCAAUGCUGUUCAUGGAGGAUGCUCAGGAAGAUGAGAGAAAUUUAGUAGGAUUAGUUGGAGAGAAGGAGAAGAUAGAUGAGAUCUUUGCUACUAAAGAUGUUACUGACUUUUUGUUUACGAAUCCUACAGAUAGAGAGGCAGAAGUGGUGGGAUAUAGAACAUGUUAGGCUCUCAGUUUACCUUUUGAAAUUACUAAAAAGUUUGUAUGCUGUCAGGCCAUGAGGACCAAAAUUUUUGUCAUGGUCUUUCACUUUUGUUUUUGUAUAAAAAUAUUGUUUUGGCACAAAUAUUCAAGUGGCAUAACUUAACAGUGUGUUGCAAGAUUAGCAGUGGGUGAGGAAAACAUCUGCCUAAAUUCCACACGUUUUUUAUUUACAAAUCUAAAAAUUCUGAAUUUCCUUAUUAGCAGCUUUAGUUCAUAGUUGUUUAUGAAAUCUCAAGGGCCUCUUUUAUUGGGGUUUCUUAUUUUUUGUGUUCUGUCACCUUUUCUUUAAUUUGGGCAGGAGGGCAAAUGAACAUAAUCCAAUAAAUAAAGGCUUUUUAAUGACAAAAUUGGCAUGCUUGCAUGAUGAAAGGGAAAUGAACAGUAUUGCAAUGUCUGGUAUACAAAAUAAUAUUUACUCAAUGUAGAUAAAAUUUUACUAGUUUAAAAUAUGUGCAUUGACUUGUAUUUGUUAGUGUUUUAGUCUUUUUUGAAAGAUAUGCUGUUAAUGUUUUUUUCUUUUUAAUACAUGCUAGUCUAACAUUCCCUGCUUUAUGCCUGCAUCUUUAACAAUGGCCAAAGUGGAGAAAAUGCUACCUUUUUUGUUAACAUGACACUGACUUGAAACAUACAUUUAAAGCCUUUUAUUUGUUCCUUUUUUUUUUUUUUUUAAUUUUUUUUGGUGGUUGGGCAUUUAAAGAAUAAGAACAAGGGAAAAUAUUUUUUUUUGAGGUCAGAUCCAGGGCCUGUAAGUUCUUACAUAUAAAGCUGGAGUGAUUUCUAAUGCUAGCAUUAUAUAUUUGCAUUUUUCACAUUUUAUGAGGGGGUAUAUAUGUAUGUGUGUGCACGCAUGCAUGUGUAUGUGUUUUGCUUUUUGUUUACAUCAACUAAUCAAAAAGAAUAGAUUUUAGAAAAUGGAGCAUGAUGGGAAACAGUUUUUGACUUUAAAAAGCAGAUGAGUUGUUUUCAUAAUUAGACUUCACUGGGGUAGAGGUAUUCACCUAAAGACAUAAGGUGAAUAAGUUCUUCUUAGGCCUUUAUGUGUAUAUGUAUGUUGUUGUUUUUUUUUUUUUUUUUUUUCCAGCAUAUGGUUUAUUCAAGGCUACAUUCUUUUCUUUAAUGCUUUGGCUAUGCAUUUUCUCUUUUUACACAUAGGAUUUGGGAUGGGGUGGGCUGGAUAUUUUUGAUUGGGGAAUUAGCGGUAUUGAGUCUCUGGUAGCCCUACUCUAAGCCUUCAAUACUGUCCAUUCUUUAUGUUCCUUUACUUUCUGAAUUUAUAAUAGCCCCAAAACUGCAUAUAGUAUGAGCCUUUAAAACAUGGGUAAAACUAUCCUAGUGAUGGGUUUGGAUGGUAUGUUAAGAAACGGAGAUGCUGUAGAGCUCAACAUAAUUUUUUAAACAGCAAGUUUCAUCUCCCUACAAAUCCUCUGAAGCUUUUACCCCAGCUCUUUCUUGCCUCUCCAGUGCUAUUUUCGUUUACAUGGACCUUAAACGUAAUUUCUUGGACACUACUAGAGAGACUUCGAGGCAAUAAUAAAAGAUCAGUAUUAACCAGCUCUAACAGAGGUUUGAUCAUGCUUACCUGUACAGUUUUCCCCGUUUUAAAAAGGAAUGUAAUAAAAUUUGUUUUUUUUCCAUAGAAUUAAAUAUUAAAAUUGAGUGAAAGGUUGAUUGUUGACGAAUAGAAUAGUACCUCUCAUCUGUGUAGUGUCUCAUUUCACCUUAGAAGAAAAGAUAUAUAAGAGUUUCUAAUUUUUCUUAGGAUAUUUUAAUCACAUUUAAAAGAAUUUGACUUUGCAGAGGGGAAUGGGGGACUCACAUUACAUAUAUUAGUACCUCUGAAUCUUUAGCAGAAAGAACUACUUGGUACUUUUUUAGCUGAAUGACUAUACUUUGGAUAAUGCAUACUAUUUGAGUUAGAGAAAUAAACGAGCAAGAAAGAACUGCUUAAUUAAACCAUCAUUCAUAUGUUCGUAUAGAGACCAUCUGUUUGCUACAUAAUAUUAUGAUACAUACAUACUUUGAACAGUUACAUGUCAUGUGUAUGUAAAUUAACGUAUUUUAAAACACAAAUCGAACGACCUCUUUAUAUGAUGAAAAAGCUGAAGCUUGUGUUGGUGGAGUAAGGGACCAGGAAAAAUGUAGUCUUUUUAAAAACUUAAAAUCAACUAACUAUAUUUUAAGAAAUAUCUGAAAUUAGUUCACCUAUAGUUUUACUUACUUACUAUUCAUCUUUUAUGCAUUCACACUAUAUUAAAACAUGGCUUUACCAACCUAUUUUUGGAUUGUACACACUCACAUGUUAGAAUGAACAGGGCAGGAAUGGUCAUCUUAGAUUUUAAAAACAGGGAUAUCACCUUGACUUCCAAAACAGUUAAGAUAAAGAAUAAGAACAUAUCAUUCUGGAAGAACCCAAAGGAAACAGCAGAUAUUUAAAUGAAAGUUAAAUUUAUUUUCAUAAUUGUUUUAUAACUUUUGUAUAAUCUUCAUUGCUAUUAUGAGAGGUAAAAAUGUAUUUAUCAAACAUGUAUAAUCAUUAUCAUGGCAAAAUCUGAAUUAUUGUAAAAUUUUGUAUAUUGUUAAAAUUGUAAUUCUAAAUUGUAUUUUUAAAAUAAUUAUUUCUGAUAUUGUUUUUCUGUCACCCAUGAUGAAAACGGGACUAUAUAUAUAUACAUAUCUAAACAUAUAUAAGUAUCAAAUAUUUAAAAUUUUUAAUAGUUUUUUUUUUUUUCUUUUUUUGAUGCCUUUAAUUGAUUGCUCAUUUCUGCUGACUUUUCUCCAAUGAACUUUGAAAUCUUUCUGUAUAUGCUAUCAAUAAGAAAACUACCCUGGAACAUUAGAAAAAUCCAACAAGAGACUUGGUUUCAUCAAGCACAUUAUCAGACUUUGAGAAGAUACCGAAGGCAUUGACUUUCAAAAUCAUCUCUUCUUUUUCUCAAGAAGAAAGCAGUGGAAAAACAAAUUCUCUUCAUUCAGUGAAUCCCCAGUGUGGGGUUGGGGGAGGGGGGACUUAGAGACAUUGUGAAAUCAAAUCUUGUGUUACAUUUUUCUCCUGGCUCACUUUUUUUGAGAAGGUUUAUGGGCUAUUUGGCUGGUGAGACACGAUCCCCUCCUAAGAAAAUGUAGGUGCUCAGACAGGUAACCUCUGCUGCUACUGUUUUUAUUUGUUUGUUUGUUUAAUUUCAUUUAAGAUUUGUUUUUGUUGUACUAGGAUUUUUAAAAAUGUAAUAUAUUGCAGGAUUUAUAACCAGG